AUGCUGUCCGACGUUUCCACCGAAGUCAUUUCUACAGACUCGGUGACCGACCUGAGACAAGAGGAGAUGGUCAUAACCCUGUUAAGACACUAUCAGACCAUGAGGCGACAGGAGACGCGGUUACGUCUUGCCACGGGGUUCAUGAUACUCAUGGGCUUAGCAGCUGUUUUUUUCUUCCAUUAUCAGAAACGUAACAGUGCGAGUGAGGCUGGCAUUGCUGCCCAGAAUGAACCUUCUGCUCAAGCACAACAUGAUGCCCGGCAGAAGAAAAAGCCUUCCUUUUACCUGACUCCUGAUAAGAACCAAACCAAGAACAUGAAACCCAUGCAGUGGCUGAACCACACCACCACCCAGGCUGUCCAAUCUAUUUGGAUUCCGACAAAUGGCAUAUAUUUUGUGUUCCUGCAAAUGUCUCAUCGGAUCCCAGAUACUGACUUCUGUGCAAAAAUGGCAAAAAAAGGGACAUACCUGACUGCUAGUGUCGUUAGGACCAGAGAGGCCUACCCAGAGCCUGACACCUUGUUCAUCUCAAAGGACAGCAUCCCCUGUACCUACCCAAACUUCAGAAGUGUUUACGCUGGCCACUUAAUCAACUUGAUGGCUAACGAUAAGUUGGAGGUCAUGGUCGACACAUCUUCUGAGCUGAUUGACUGGUUUAUUAAGAAAGGGGUGGUUUUUGGUGGUUAUCUAAUAAAUAGACUAAAGGACUGAAACUGAAAGAAACUUUUGGUUAUGGUGUUGUGAUAUCAUUGUGGUGGUGAUGUUUCAAUUUGGUAUCAACAGAUUUUUCAGAUGUAUCUGUUUUGAUGUGAUUUUUAAAAAAAACUAAUAUUUAGUAUGUAGAUAGUAAUGGUCAUACCAGUACUUUUUUUAAAAUGAAAUUAAAAAUGCUGUAAGCGAUUCUGGAUGAUGUCACAUUUGUUCAUAUUUUAACCCAAUCCCCAAACAAAACAGGGCAAACUCCCCUUCCUUCCCCUAAACUCCCUUUCCCCUUUCAGUGGUUGGCUUGAUCCGUUUUGUUAUGGUUUGGGGGACAGGCUUGCUCCACUUGGUUUCUGAUUCUGAGAGCUGUUUAUAAAGAUUGCUUUUUAACAGUGUAUUCACAGAAUGGUGAGCCAGUGGAUCAUGAGGAGAUAUUUGCUGAAUGUGACAAGAAAUGUUACAGGUUAGAAAUAGCUUAGCAUCACUUGCAGUACCAGAAAUUAUAUGUGUUUUUUACAAGAAAUGUUCCCCCAUUGGAGAGCUCUUCGAAACUAACCUGUUUUAUGUUAAAACAAUUAUGUUAAAUGCAUAACCAAUCUAAUCAUUUUCUAAAAACAGAUUGAGCAGUAUGGAUUUGUUUGAGAUAUUAUGGUUUAAUAGGUCAUUAAAGUUAUGAACAUAUUUAAAAA